GAAAGCCGCCACAGAUGACAUUGUCGUAAGGUAAACAAAGAUGAAGUUACCAUUUGUACCGAAGAGAUUUAUUCCAAUGGGAACAAACAGAAUGUUUCACUUCUCACAGAGAAUACAGUCGAAGGUACUCUAUGAUGGCGAUUGUCCCAUAUGUAUAGUAGAAAUUAAUUUACUUAAAAAAUAUUUAAACAAACAAGGUAAAGUGGAAUUUGUGGAUAUCACAAAAGACAGUUUUAAACCUGAGGAUCAUUUAGGGAUAACAUACCAGGAAGCUAUGGGCAACAUGCAUGUCAUUGGGGAUGAUAACAAGGUGUACAAGAAGAUGGAUGCAAUUAGAGAAAUGUACAGGGGUGUUGGAUUUGGAGCCUUUGCAGCAUUUACAGAAUUACCAGUUAUUCGACCUAUAUCUGAUAAAAUGUAUGAGAUAUUUGCUGCUAAUCGCUUCCGACUGACAGGCAGAAAAGACGAUUGUAACUGUCAAAAAUGAUAGUGUUUAGAUUUGAUGAUUUAAAUGUUAAUUUUAUUUUCAAUGGCAUUGAUAUCUUAUAUUUGUUUUGAAAUAUGUAGAUACACUUUAUACAAGAUACAGUAUUCUUUAUAACUUUUAUUAU